CCUCUACCUCUACCUCUGCUCUAUUUUCUCCGCCUUUCAAUUGUUCUUCUUCUUCUUCCGGGGAUCGCCGCAUCUCUGCUACCGCCGGAAUCGCAGCUCGAGUUCACGCUGCGACUCCGUGCCGUGAAGGGCCUCGCCGACCGCCUCUACGGCGUCCCGACGCCCGAGCUCGACAUCUUCACGGCGCUGCACGUCGUGAACCCGGCGGACGAAGAGCUGUGCUUCCGCAGAGGGGCGGCGACCGUCAAGCACGAGUCGACGUCGACGGUGCUGGCCAAGGGGGUCACGCCGGAUUUCUGCGUGGCGGCGGAGAGCGCGAGGGACGUGGGCAUGUGGGCGCACGGGGAGAGGAAGGCGUGGCCGCAGGAGGCGAGGGACGGCAUCGCCGCGGAGCGGCUGCGCGGGGAGCUGCGGCUGCAGGUCGACCUGGAGUUGGUGGAUGACGCCGGCACGGUCGAGGUCGAGGUGGACUGCACGCUCAAUCACGAUUACACCAGGUCUUCCUGCCAAUCCAGAAUCUCCUCGUACUCCGAAGAGUCCGAAGGCUAUUAAUUUUUUAAACUCCCUCUUCUGCAUUACAGUAAUUUGUAGUAGAUAUAUAGGACGUAGAGACAAAAUCAUUAUUGGGUUCAUGGAUUUGAGUUGAGAAUAUUAGAGAGUUUAAUUAAUUAUUUGCUUCUGAAAUUUUAUUAUCUAUUGCGAUUCAAAAUGGUCACAUGCAUGUGAUGAGUUACGAGUACGUACGUAGAUUCUUCUCACAUAUAACAACCUUGUAACCGAUGCCUUGUGGAUCAAAAUACACAACAAAAGUGUGCGUGGAUUAGAUGAUGCAAUAGUAGAAUAUAAAAAUGUUUAUGCUAGGAAAUAAACUCCUAAAUUUAGCAAAUAAAAUUGCAGUAGCGUACUGUACCAAUAUCGACUACUUUAGUAAGCAAAGAGCAUUGCAAAUAGUGGCCCCUACUUGAAUGCAUUUGCCUCAUCAUUUUAGAAGCCCAGCGCCUCUACUUCG